UUGAUGACGUCUGAAUUCACAGGUCAAGACGCUCCAAAAUCAAAAUAGCCAGACAAAUAGAUGUUAAUUCGUUGCUCUGACCGUCACUUGUUUUCCAGACAGGCUUUGCAUUUUAAAAACAUUAUAAUACAUUAUUUUUUUAAUGCCCAAUGAAUACAUGUAUCCUGCUGUGUGACCUGUCGCACAGCUCUUACGUUAGCUAGCUAGCAUGUUUACUAGCCUGUUAUGUUUUGGUUUCGAGCUUGCUAGCUGUAUUGCAUUACAUUACAUAGAACAGCUGGAGCAUGACUAGUUUAGUUAAUGUGGUAUUAUUUCUUUUAAAGAACCGGGCAAGGUAGAUCGUUAUUAUUGUUAUUCUGUCGUGAGUUUAGGGUGAUUUAGAAUUAUUAAAACUUGAUAGUAAAUUUGUAUCUAGCCAGGACCUAUAUAUGAGACAUGGAUCGUCGUCCUGGAAGCAGCAGACAGAGCAGAGACCGAGACUGUAAUGAUCCGUACGCUGAAAAGCGGUUUCGAGCCGGUGAUGAUGCCCCAUUCCCCAGUUCCCUCAGUACUCGAGCACAGCUCUAUGAACGCGUCUUUCCUCAGUACAGACAGCCUGUGGAAGUCGGGGUCUUUUCUUUGGAUUCAGAAAGAUCCUUCUUUAAUGACUCCAGACAGCUGCGUUACUACGUGGAACCGAGUAAAAAACCCAACUUUAACCUGAGGGACGGUUACAGAGACCGCUUCGUUAAAAGAGAUGACGGGAUAAAAGAGAGACUUGAUCAUAUCCUGAGGUGGAUUGUAACGAACCGAGCCAAACUAUGCUCCACAUCCACUUCUUCAAGCUCCUGUACACUAGGUGUACACUUUGUCACUUGGCGAGGCCAUUUAACAAAGCUGUUGGUCACUCCGUAUGAGACGCAGGAGGGAUGGCUGCUGGCCGUGUCCAAGUUCAGAGGGACUCUUUACAUGAGCGAAGUGGAGACCGAGGCUGCCCGAGUUAACCGAGAGAACCGUGCAGAGAAACAUGAGGAGAUGAUGUACUGGGGUUACAAGUUUGAGCAGUACACCUGUGCAGAUGAUGUGAAUGGUGUCCCAGACCGAGGAGGGGUUGUCAAUACAAAUGAGGCUUUCUGCACAGUAGUCCAAACUCACCUAGCAGAUCAUAAGCUGCUCUUCUCCGGCGAGGUGGAUUGCCGAGAUAAAGACGCCAAAGCUCCUCCAGCUCCAGGAUGCUACAUCGAGCUAAAGACCUCAGCUGAAAUCUGCACCCCAAAGCAGCGUAGUAACUUUCACAGAUAUAAGCUGCUGAAAUGGUGGGCGCAGUCGUUUCUUCCAGGGGUCCCACGUAUAGUUGCUGGAUUCCGAGACCAUGAUGGUGUAGUGGUAUCUGUAGAGACCUUUCACGUGUCAAAAAUAUCCCAACUAAUUAAGAACGAACACAACUGCUGGAAGCCGACAGUCUGUAUGAACUUCUGUAGCGAUUUCCUCUCCUUUGUGAAAUCUGUGGUGAAAGAGGAUAAUCCGGGGUUGGUGUACCUGUUUGCAUGGGAGCCACGUAGAGACGUGACCUACACAGUUCACAGAGAUUCCCAGUAUACGUUCCUUCCAGAUUGGUAUCUCAAGGAAAUGGCAAGCCAUCGUCACCAACAUGACUCUAACCCUAACAUCUAAGACCGUAUUCAAUCAACCAAGAUGAUCUUCUUGUCUGUACAUAGAUCUGAACAUACACUAUAUGCCAAACGUAUGUAGACGUCUGACCUUCACACGCACAUUUUAAAUUUCCAUAAUCAUUAGCAGAAACAUGAAGAUGGUUCGCCACUCAGCCUCCACUCCUCUGGGAAGACUAGAUAUUUGGAACAUGGUUAUGGGAAUUUCUGUUCAUUCUAACACAAAAUCAAUGGUGCGGUCAGGCAUUGAUGUCAAAUGAGGAAUUGUGGGGUGCAGUCAGUGUUCCAGUUCAUCUCAAAGGGUUUCAGCGGGGUUGAAGACAGAACACUCAAGGUAUCCACUCCAACCUUUGCAAACUGUCUUCACGGACCCUGCUUUGUGCACAGGCGCAUAGUCAUAACAAAACUUGUUUACAUCCUUUAGCUCCAGUGAAGGCCAAUCUUAAUGCAACACCACACAAAAACUUUUUAAACAAGUGCGUGCUUCUAAAAUUAUGGCAACAGUUUGAGGAAGAGCCACAUACGAGUGUGAUGGUCAUAUAGUGUACCUGUAACCUUCAUGCUUCCAUCCAAUACUAUACGAUAUAGAUUCAUACAGUAACAAUUAUAUCAUGCAAAUUGAACUUCCGAAUGAUUGUCAUUAUUCUCCCAAACUUUAAAUGGGUCUCUCGGGCACAAGCCUAUUUUGAUUCCCAUGUUGGAGUCUGACUCAUUUGGCUUUUGUGACAAUAAAAUGUUUGUUAAUCAUGCUAAACUUUUAAAUGGGUGAUAUUGUAUUCAUUGUUGUUUGAGAUUUCUUAUACGCUAUCAAAUUACAGGCACUUGUGGAACCAGCCAUGAAAACAAAGCAAUAAAGAAACACUUCCAGUGCUUGAAAACUUCUAAGCAUCGCUGACACUUUUUGCUUAUUUAAAAUGUCAGUUUCUCUUAACCCAAAUUAAAGGAGUAUUUGAAAAGGUUUUUCCGUCACAUUUCUUUUUAAUACCACUCACUUCUACAUCCAGUUUCAUCAUGACCAGAUAUUUAAUUAGCAAAAAAAUGCACACAGGGAAUUACAUGACUUUUUCAUUUAUAGUAUACACUAGUUUACAUUGUUCCAACUCCAGCACACCAUCCUGACACAGUAUUAACAAAGUGAGACUUAUACAAGUAAUAAGUGCAAUAAGUACAAAUAAUUAUAGUCAAUUAACAGUGUGAUUUCAGCUAAAUUUUAUACCAAAUAUCAGUCAUCAUUGCACAUAUUUUUAUAAGAUUAAUUCUUUAAUAAUAAAAUAAAAUCCUUAUAUAAGGAAGAGGUUUAUAAAUAAUCAAAGCCAGAGCAUUAGAGGUAGUUGUUAUUCUGUUACACUGACCACUGGAAUUCAUGAAGUACACGUCCACUGAUAAAGUACUAAAUAACUUGAAUAAAAUUUACCUCAAGGAUUAUUUGAGUUGAAGAUUUGCAUACAUUUGCACAGUAAUUUGAAUUCUUAAUAAACUCUUUACCUAAUUAAUGUGCUGAUGGACAAAAAAAAGGCUAAAUGUGUAGCUGAAAGUAUUUCAGGUUUUGUUCUCUAGCCCACAAAAAAGGGUAAUAAUAGUUAUUUAAAAGACACACAAAAAAAUAAUCAAUCAGUGCAGGUAAUGACAAAUGUCCACCUUACAGAUGGAGAUGUAACCUCUCACAUUUGAGUAAGAACUGAAUGAUACAGACACACGAAUCACUAUCCGACUCAUCAAUGCAGUUUUUUUUUCACAUACAGCUAAAA